AUGUACCUCCGAGCCAAAAGAUGGGACGGGGAUUUGGCUAGCAAAUUGGGCUCUCAUUUCGUCGCAACCUUCUUCCUCAGCAAGCAGGCCGUCCCGUGUACCCGCAUCUUUUGUCCCAACCCUAAAUUUUGCACUCUUCAAGCAAAGUUUCCCAAAGAUUUAAGCUCCAGAGACUUUCAACAACAGGGCGUUAUAAUCGGCGAUGUACAUUCGAAUUUGCUCAAAAACUUCUCCCGGCCAAUCGUGUCUUUUCGUCGCUAUCUAGGGUUGCUAAACCUCGCCGCUCGCAAAGCAAAGUCCGUCGGGGUGUCGGCUGUCGGCAAUAGACUCUUGUUCGAGUGGUCCUCCAAGUUUGGUUUUACGAUGUUUUCUAGUUUCCUGUUCUUUCUAACCUCUUCCAACACCUUAAUUUGUGCUCAAUUGAUGCUAGUCGUCUUCGUUGGUAAGAAGCUUCUAGUGGAUAACGAAGGAGGAACUCUCUCCAAUCUGAGUCGUUAA